CCGGUUUCAUUCGAUACGCAAGACAUGGAUCGAUAUCGUAACAGUGUGGUGAGGACUCCCCUCAACAGUGUUGUUGUUAAGAGAAGGAGCAAAAGCAAGAGCUACCGGCAGUCUUACCGCAGCUGCUUAGGUGCUGCUUCACGGCUCGGCCUGACUCCAGCGUUGACAACACGGAGGCUCAACACCAGCAGAAGAGUUCCAAAGUCACACAAUAUCACUGAGAAGGUGAAUCCAGAGCAGCUGGCCUUACUGUUGAAGAUGGAGUGGAAGCUGUCGUAUGUUACUCCUCUGUAUCAGUUCAGACACACCCGGCUGAAGAGCUACUCCAGGCAGCUCUCAGCAUUUAUUGCUGCAGAGAAGCAGCAAGGCUUGGCGGUGGAAGUGGAUGGAUUACAGAGCAGCUACAGAGUGUCCUUUUCUGUGGUGCAUGGAAUGACAGAGACGGACGACGAUGCUGAGACUGUCCUCAUACAGAUCCGCUCAAAGCCAUCGUUCGCCAAGCAAGACGAACCCCAGAGUCCAUUAUGGAGCGGCUGGCUGACCUGCAUCAACGGCAACCCCGAUUACCUGCGCUCUCUUCCAAAAGACUUCACCUGUCUGCCGCUCUUUUGCAGCAGUGGGUCAGAGGUUCUCUCUACACUGGUUAAAUCCUGGUUCCAGCAGACAUUUGACUGCUGCUUUGGGCCCCUGGAAAUCAGCCAUACCAGCCUUCAAUGGCUGGUGGUAUUAUGGACUAACUGCCACACUGAAUCCAGCAUCCAGCACCUCAAAAUGAUUUGGACUCUUCCAGUUUUGCCACCACUUCAGAUCACCUAUACAGUUAACCCCCAAGAUGCCUGGGAGCUGUGGAGCAGUGUGAGAAAGGAGGAGAACGAAGGAGGGGAAGAGGAGGAGGAGAAGGGGAGUAAUAUUGAUAUUAAAGUGGUGAUGAGGUUCAUGCAGGGGCUGAAGAGCCACUUCUACAGACACUUCAGGAUGGAUCUAUCUGCAGGAAGUCUGAAACAGGUCUCCACAGCACUGGGUUCAGCAAAGUACAGCGGCAGGAUCAAGAUCUCCAACAGCAGAUACAUGAUGACCACCCUGACACUGCUGACAGAGUGUGCCCUCCUCAAAAUGCCCAUGUAAUGAAUAAAGACUUUUAACUAGCAGGAAAUGCAAUAUUGCAAUGACAGUUACAGCCUGGAAAGACUAGACAUUUUACAGCCCUUUUUUAAAGUAUACUUUUUUUCUUUUUUUUAAUUAAUGUAAAUCUUUUUCUCAUAACAUGAAAUGGAAAUGCUUUUUUUUUUUUACAACAUUAUCUGUAAUGAAAGUACAGCAGAUUCACAUUCUGGCUAUAUUUUCCUUUCAGUUUCUAACACCUGAACAGAUAUUAAACAUAGGUAAUCCCAUGGCCAUAAUUAUUAUCAGUAUGCACAGAGGAAAAAGUCCUUGUGUUCCACAUUUGCCAUGUUGUUUACUUGCUCUUCUGUGUUGUUUACUUUUAAUUGUGUGUUCCACCCCUUCUUGUAAAUACUGUAUAUCUUUAUGUCUAGUUAUUUACAUAGUUUUGUCAUUCAUAGCUGUAAAUAAAACCAAAAA